AUGGCUAAUGAACUGUCAUUAGUUCCGAAACAAUAUUGGAGUUAUAAAAGUGAACGUAAAAUAGGAACCGAAGUUAGCUUAACGGUCACUGAUUUCCCACAUCCUAUAAUAACUGUUAGUUUGUACGGCCGGUGCUUUGAUCGCGACAACCCGUUGCCCACUGACAGUGAUAAUGCAUUGACACGGAAAGCAGCCGUCUUUGAGGGACCGAUUCUGGGCAAUGAAACUGUAGACAAACCACACGAAAUCAUUAAUAAAAACCUAUUAAUGUUCAAACAAGUGACCGAAAAAGCCAAACAAUAUGGUUCAAAUAUAUUAGUGUUUUCCGAAUACGGCAUUAUAUCCCCACCCUUUAAUCGCACCAUUUUAUCCACUGUUACUGAAAAAAUACCGGACCCGAGGAAAGGUGUUUAUAAUGCGUGCGAUAAGAAAGACAAAUCUCUACCUAUAACUGUAGCCCUGAGCUGUUUGGCUAAACACAAUAAUAUUUAUAUUGUUGCCGAUUAUGGCGAUCGUUUAGACUGUGAUGUAAUCACCGAUAAAAAAUGUCCUAAAGAUGGUUAUUAUUUGUACAACACUGCCGUUGCAUUUGAUCCCAACGGUGUAAUGGUAGCAAAGUAUCAUAAAAGACAUCUAUUCAGAGUCGGAGAACAAUUGAUAUAUGACUAUCCGUCCACAGAAUUUAGUUAUUUUGAUACACCAUUUGGUAGAAUAGGUAUAAUCAUAUGUUAUGAUAUAGUAUGGGGUGAUCCCGGUACUGGUCUUGUGUCCAAAUAUAAUUCAUGA